GUGCUGACUCCUAUUCGAGAGACGACGGCGGUCGUCUUCCCUUUCGGUUGUAAUCUCUCCGGGAAGAAAAGCUCAUUAACUUUGUACGGACAGUGAAUUUUGUUAACCUUCAGUUAUUUUUCGGGUUAGCUUGUCGCUGGGCACUGGAAUGACGGGGUGUGCCGAGAAUUUGAAUUAGCUCGUCGUUAGUAUGAAGAAAGAGUGAAUCGGGGUAGAGAGAGAGGAGCCAUUUUGUCCCGACUGUGUGGGAGAAAAGAAAGAGUGGAAAAGAGGAAUCACCCUGGAGGACCUCUCGCUGUCAGUGCCUCUUCUUGCGAUUUGAAGAAAAAAAAAACACUCGGGGCUUUUGGGAAAACUUCUCUACCGAGUUAUUUUGUACUGGUAUAUAGCCAAAUAGCUUGCCAAAGCUAAUCAACAAAUCCCGGGUUGCAAACUGUCAAAAUCGGGGUAGUUGGUCAGGUUGGCUUAGGAGCUGGCUUCAGACUUCACAUAGUUGUGUUAGGAGAUCGUACUUUUCUACAUAUUUGGCUACACGCUCACUGCUUUCAAUGGCUAAGAAGACGUACGACUUGCUAUUCAAGCUGCUUCUGAUCGGAGAUUCGGGCGUGGGGAAGACCUGUGUGCUGUUCCGCUUCUCUGACGACGCCUUCAACACAACCUUCAUCUCCACCAUAGGAAUAGACUUCAAGAUCAAAACUGUUGAACUACAAGGAAAGAAGAUCAAACUACAGAUCUGGGACACAGCGGGCCAGGAACGGUUCCACACCAUCACCACCUCCUACUACAGAGGAGCCAUGGGCAUCAUGCUGGUCUAUGACAUCACCAACUCCAAGAGCUUUGAGAACAUCAGCAAGUGGCUGCGCAACAUUGAUGAACAUGCGAAUGAGGAUGUUGAGAGAAUGCUACUAGGCAACAAGUGUGACAUGGAAGACAAGAGGGUUGUACCAAAAACCAAGGGAGAGCAGAUUGCGAGGGAGCAUGGCAUUAGGUUUUUUGAGACAAGCGCGAAGGCCAACAUCAACAUCGAGAAGGCUUUCCUCACGUUAGCAGAAGACAUCCUCAAAAAGACGCCCGUAAAAGAGCCGAACAGUGAAAAUGUGGACAUCAGCAGUGGGGGCGGAGUCACAGGCUGGAAGAGCAAGUGCUGCAGUUGAACAACUGGCGCCGACACACACAAAAACACACACGUGCACGCACAGACAUCUCUCUCUCUCUCUCUCUCGCUCUCUAACUCUUAACUGUCACCCUCUAACCCGUCUCAUGACAACACUGACACUCGUCAUCACAAUAAAAGCGUAAACCACUUCAUUCAUCCAUCUUAACCCGCGCCAUCUUCUUCCACUUUCCAUCAUGAGCAGUUUGAUUUUGGAGAGAAGCAGAAAUCCACUCAUGUUUCUUGUCAUUUUUCUUUUAAAGAUUAUUAAAAAAAAAAAAAAAGGAAGACAAGCUCAUAUUUUUAAUAUUUCCUUACCCCCCUUCACCCCCCAUCCCCCACAAUGUCCAUGAAAUCACCCUCAGUCAGAGGAAGUCAAACUAGGGUAAAAGGAAAAAAAAAAAAGUAGGGGCUGAAAUGUUUUGUACACUCAUAGGUUUGUGUUGUCAAGUAUUUGCUCAACGAUUACAAUUUGUUACCAAGCGACGGAGGCGUGGCUAGCUCCUUUUGUAUUGGGGUUUAUUUUGUCCUGUGCCUUAUAUGGAAGACAGGGGCGGGGGCUGUGGAGUGGGCGGAGCCACAUCCACCCAAUGAAAUUACACUUUAAUAUAACUCGUCCGUUUGCGCUUCUUGUGCGGAGCCAAACUGAUGCCGAAGCGUUUGAAUUUCUCCUCCAGCCAGAGAACAGCAAUUAUGUGUCCUGUUUAUUAUCUUUCAUUUCUACCUUCUUUUCACUUUUUUGUUGGUCCCCCCCCCAUCAGGGUUGUUUUGUUUUACCUGCAUGCAGAUUUCUUUGGGUUGGAAAGGUUUCUGUAAGAUUAUGCGAGGUGUGCCACUGGGUAACUUUGGGCGGGAGGUUCACAAGUUCUCUUUGGAAAUUCAAACAAUUUUGCAGAUCCAUUAAAAAUAAGCUUGUUUAAGUUAA